AGUAGAUACACAUCUGUUUUCUCAGUAAUCGCAAAAAUGCUUAAUAAACUUGUGCCAUUAUUUAUCGUUGUGUUGUUACAUAAUUGGAAGGUAUCGAGCGAAAGUGUACGGAACGUUUACCAAGAGCCCUUAAUGUUAACACCUUUAAUAAAGUCAUUCAACGUUGAAGAGGCAAAGUUACAAGCGGAAGUUGUAUUCGACGAAUUUCGCGACAUUAAAAGUUACUCUGGGUAUCUGACAGUUAAUGAGCGUUAUAAUUCGAACACGUUUUUUUGGUUCUUUCCCUCCGAAUGUAACUAUUUGAACGCUCCGGUUUUGUUAUGGCUGCAAGGUGGCCCAGGUUCUUCAUCGAUGACGGGACUUUUCGGUGAGCAUGGACCUUUCGAAGUAAAUUCCUCGUACCAAAUAGAAAUACGCGAGCACCGUUGGACUAAGAAAUUUUCCAUGCUUUACGUAGACAAUCCCGUAGGAACCGGCUUCAGUUUUACGGAUGAUGGCGGUUAUGCACACAAUCAAUCAGUAAUAGGCGAGCAACUGCACGAAGCUCUCUCCCAAUUUUUCAUCCUGUUCCCAGAAUUAGGGAACAACAAGUUCUUUAUUACCGGGCAGUCUUACGCGGGUAAGUACGCACCGGCCGUCGCCUAUACAAUUCUGAAAAACAAAAAGGAGGGAAGCAAGAUUCGCUUGGAGGGAGUCGCAAUUGCAAGCGCCUUUUCGGAUCCAUUGAAUCAGUUGAAAUACAGCGAUUAUCUCUACCAAAUCGGUCUACUUGAUUCUAAAUUGCGAAGAGAAAUGAAGCAAAUAGAGCGGAAAAGCAGGGAGGCGAUUGAGCAGAAGGAUUGGAGAGCUGCUGCAGAUGUAUUUGCUGAGCUGAUUUACGACUUACGUGAUAACACCUUCUUCCAAAACGUGACGGGCUUUCAAGAACCAAUGAAUUACUUAAAAUUAGAAGACCGUUCUUUACGGUACCAUGUUCAGUACCUUCAACGCGAUGAUGUUAGAAGGGCUAUCCAUGUUGGAAAUUCCCCCUUUCAUAAUACCACUAUGGUCGACAAACAUUUGACAGAGGAUCUCGCUAAAUCGGUUGCGCCUUGGAUUUCGGAGUUGCUUGACAAUUACAGAAUGAUGUUCUACUGUGGUCAAGUUGAUAUCAUAGUUCCGUGGACGGGGGUAACAAAUUUCCUUCAAAAACUUAAUUUUUCCAGUCUUGACGAAUAUAAAUCGCGGGACAGACGCUUUUGGUAUGUAAAUAAUGAGUUAGCGGGGUACAUCAAGCAGGCAGGAAAUUUAACGGAGGUGUUGGUUAGAAAUGCGGGUCACAUGAUUCCCCGCGAUCAACCGGAGUGGACUCUGGAUCUUAUAACUAAAUUUGUUUAUAAUCAAUUCACAUGACA